UCCAAAAGUGUCACAAAGCACAACUCUAGUAAAUGACAUUAACCAGACAAGUAACAUAGGAUCGCGAAUCCUCAUACAAAUUCUCUCCGGCAAUGUCACUCAUUGAGAAAAGAUGAAGAAUGGAAUAAUAUUCAGACCUUUCUUCUUCUCUCGUAGAUUCCUUAGUUCCCUAUUAUCACCACAUCAACCAUUUUCACAAAACCAUGAUUUUAUUCCUCCCUCCACCUUUUUCUCCAACACUCUUCAACACUACAUUAAUUCCCAAACCCCUUCCCACGGCCAAAAGAUCCAUUCCCACAUUCUCAAAACUGGGUUUGUUCCAAACACAAACAUUUCCAUCAAACUCCUUAUACUUUACAUUAAAUCUCAUUCUUUAAGAUAUGCACGUCAAGUGUUUGAUGAUUUGCAUGACAGAACUUUAUCCGCUUAUAAUUAUAUGAUUGGCGGGUAUUUAAAAAAUGGGCAAGUUGAUGAGUCACUUGAUUUAUUUCAUCAGCUUUCAGUGUCUGGUGAAAAGCCUGAUGGGUUUACGUUUUCGAUGAUUUUAAAGGCGUCUACAAAUAGGGUUAGUAAUGGGAUGGUUGGUGAUCUUGGAAGAAUGGUACAUGCACAGAUUCUUAAAUUUGAUGUUGAGAAAGAUGAUGUUCUUUGUACUGCGUUGAUUGAUUCUUAUGUUAAGAAUGGGAGGGUUGGUUAUGGAAGGACUGUGUUUGAUGUGAUGUCGGAGAAGAAUGUAAUAUCUUCAACGUCACUUAUUUCUGGUUAUAUGAAUAAAGGCUUUUUUGAUGAUGCUGAAUAUAUAUUUCGGAAAACAUUGGAUAAGGAUGUUGUGGUGUUUAAUGCUAUGAUUGAAGGUUAUAGCAAAGUAUCUGAAUAUGCUAUGAGAUCUCUUGAAGUUUACAUUGACAUGCAACGGUUGAAUUUUAGGCCGAAUCUUUCCACAUUUGCUAGCAUAAUUGGUGCUUGUUCUGUGCUUGCAGCAUUUGAAAUUGGGGAACAAGUUCAAGCUCAGCUUAUGAAAACGCCUUUUUUUGCAGUCAUAAAGUUAGGAAGUGCGCUUAUAGAUAUGUAUUCCAAAUGUGGUAGAGUCAUAGAUGCUCAAAGAGUUUUUGACCACAUGCUUGAGAAGAAUGUUUUUUCAUGGACGUCUAUGAUCGAUGGAUAUGGGAAGAAUGGAUUCCCUGAUGAAGCACUUGAGCUGUUUAAAAAGAUGCAGAUUGAAUACAGCAUCACACCCAAUUUUGUGACGUUCCUUAGCGCUCUCACAGCUUGUGCGCAUGCUGGACUUGUGGAAAGGGGUUGGGAGAUCUUUCAGAGUAUGGAGAGUGAAUAUAAACUGAAGCCGAGGAUGGAGCAUUAUGCUUGCAUGGUUGAUCUAUUAGGACGAGCCGGGUGGCUGAAUCAGGCUUGGGAGUUUGUCACAAGGAUGCCUGAGAGACCAAAUUCGGACGUGUGGCUUGCUUUACUUAGUUCAUGCAGAAUCCAUGGUAAUAUAGAGAUGGCGAAAUUAGCUGCAAAUGAGCUUUUCAAGCUGAAUGCUUAUGGAAGACCGGGGGCAUAUGUUGCAUUAUCUAAUACCUUGGCAGAUGCUGGGAAAUGGGACAAUGUAAGUGAGCUUAGAGAAGUAAUGAAGGAGAAAGGAAUAUCCAAGGACACUGCCUGUAGUUGGGUUUGAGCUAACAGUGCUUGUAUGUUCUUGUGAUGAAUUCAAAGAUGCACAACAUCAUAACUAAGUUUUGAUAUGCUUCUGACAAUAAUGUAAACUCUUAAAAAGAAAUAUAUACGAAACAAGAUGUUCAAUGAAGUGGAGAAGCAAUGGUGUUUCUAGGAGGUAGUUGCAGAUAGUAUGGUUCAAGGAGGUUAAUCCUAAUUGACAGAAAAAGAAGGGAAAAACUUAAGCAGAAUUGUUGACUAUCUUGAAUAAAGUUGAAGUCAAGCCCUGCUGCUUAAAAGAGAUAGGUUUUUUUUUUUUUUUUUUUUUUUGCAGUAGGUAGACAUAGGAUUUGGACUUUUAAAUUAAAAAACUCCAAAUAUUGUUAAUCUGAUCCAUAUUAAGUUCGGGAUCACAGUGAAAGAAGUACAGAUUAAUAUAUGGAUUUAGUUAGUUUUUAUCUAAUCCAUGAAGUUGAUAAAUUUCAUGACAGCAGCCAGUCGUAGAUACUUUAAAAAUGUAUUUUUUCGAUAGAUCUUUCCUUCAAUUGUUUUUUU